CUCUGACGUUACUCACUCCCCGACUGGCCUGAACAGAUUGUAAUUGCGAUGCCAUCUCCCACCCCGAUUAUCACAGUCGUAAUCCUCGUAUCCUCUUUGGCGGUUGCUCUUUUCGCCGUCUGGUGGAAUUCAUUCUCGCAAAAAUGUGUCCCUAUAGUGAUAGAGGCUCAGCAUUCCAGAUACUUCGAGUAUGAAUAUACAGGAAAGCCGCAUCACUCAAGCUGGCAUAGCUGGUGGCAUCCCCAACGCAUCUGGAGCAGCGCUGAAGCCAGCCCUGGUCGUGGACAGGGCGGCGGCGCUGUGACACACGAUUGGAAUAUACUGUACCAUCUUGGAGGCAACGGACCCUGGGUCGAGAAAGUAGACAAUGUGGUAGAGGGAGGCAUUGCUGUUCCUGAUGGCUGCGCCGUGGAUCAAGUGCAUAUGAUGUCAAGACAUGCGGAGAGAUAUCCAACGUUUAGAGUUGGCAGAAGAAUGAUUAAACUUCUAGACAGGAUGAAGCAGAGCAGGAUCAGAUUCCAAGGUGACUUGGCUUUCGUCAACCAUUGGGAGCUUUUCUGGUCAGACGAUUCGCAGAUGGAGCAGCUCACCUCGACGGGUCCUUUCUCUGGAACUCUAGGAUCCUUCACCACAGGUGUUCGGCUCCGCACUCGAUACCACAAUCUCCUUGCUAAUCCCAAAUCUCUGGAACGCAAGACUAGAUUUUGGGCUAGUGACUCGGAGAGGGUCAUCGACACUGCGCGCUAUUUCGGAGCCGGAUUUUUCGGCCUUGAUUGGGAAAGGGCAGCCCAUCUGGAGAUCAUCCCCGAGAGGUCUGACCUCGGUGGGAACACGCUAACCCCAGGAGACACUUGCCUUAAAUACAUUGAGGACACAGAGGAAGGACACGAUAAAGGGCCCAAAACUAUGCAGAACUACCGGGCUACGUACAUGCCUGCGAUUCGCGAACGUCUUCUGAAACAGAAUCCGGGAAUGGAGUUCACUGACGACGAGAUCUAUGCUAUGCAAGAAAUGUGCGGUUUUGAGACAACUGUUAGGGGGAGCAGUCAUUGGUGUGAUGUCUUCACCCAGAAUGAGUUUUUGAACUUUGAGUAUGCGAGGGAUAUCUUGCAUUACUACCGGGCUGGCCCAGGAACAAAGUAUGGAGCAGUGAUGGGCUGGUUGUGGCUGAAUGCGACGACAAAUCUCAUGCUUGAGGGACCCAGCGCUGGUCCACUAUUCUUCAGCUUUGUUCACGAUGGGGAUAUAGCUCCAAUGAUCACAGCCCUUGACAUUAUCAACGACGAUGAGCACCUCCCAAUUACACAUAUCCCUUCAUCGCGGAAGUGGCGGAAAUCUCAGGUGUCCCCGAUGGGCGGUCGCAUCAUCUUCGAGCUGCUCUCGUGCGGGACCCAACAGAAUCAUUUCGUCAGAAUCAACAUCAACGAUGGAAUCACUACAAUUCCCGAAUGCGAUGGAGGUCCUGGAAGUAGUUGUCCACUUGCCGAGUUCAGGGAUAGAGUCAAGCGGAAAGGCGAGGAGGUGGGGCAUUUUAGAGAGAAGUGUGGACUCGAUGAUGAGGCGCCGGAGAGGAUCACAUUCUUACAUCAGUGAUUUGCUUCUGGGGGCUUUGCGACGUGCCUGUCA